CACACCCCCCCCCCCCCCCCCCACCCAACAAAGUUAACCGAAAGAGGAGAACUAAAAAAUGGUUCUCCACAAAAUGGCGUUCUUGGCCGCUGUUAUCUUCUUCUUUCUAAGCAGCAGCAUUCACGUUUACAGCCGCGAAACGUUUGCUUGCGAUACAAAGGACGCAGCAACAACGACGCUGAGAUUCUGUCAGCAGUCAGUUCCAAUACCGGAGAGAGUAAAGGAUUUAAUAGGACGGCUGACGUUGGCCGAGAAAGUAGGCUUGUUAGGAAACACUGCGGCGGCGAUACCACGUCUAGGAAUCAAAGGGUACGAGUGGUGGUCGGAGGCUUUACACGGCGUUUCAAAUGUGGGUCCCGGUACUAAGUUCGCUGGGCCCUUCCCUGCAGCUACCAGUUUCCCUCAAGUCAUUACCACUGCUGCUUCCUUCAAUGCCUCCUUGUGGGAAUCCAUCGGACGGGUUGUGUCAAAUGAGGCCAGGGCCAUGUAUAACGGUGGAGUUGGUGGGCUUACUUACUGGAGCCCAAACGUUAACAUAUUGCGGGACCCGCGAUGGGGACGUGGACAGGAAACUCCCGGUGAAGACCCUGUCCUAGCUGGUAAAUACGCCGCCAGCUACGUAAGAGGUUUACAGGGAAACGACCGUAGCCGGUUGAAAGUCGCCGCCUGUUGCAAACAUUUCACGGCGUACGAUCUCGACAACUGGAAUGGGGUCGACAGAUUCCACUUCAACGCUAAGGUGAGCAAGCAAGACAUAGAAGACACGUUCGAUGUUCCUUUCCGUAUGUGUGUGAAGGAAGGAAACGUGGCGAGCAUCAUGUGUUCGUACAAUCAAGUUAACGGCGUUCCGACAUGUGCCGAUCCUAACCUCCUAAAGAAAACAAUACGUAACCAAUGGGGUCUGAACGGGUACAUUGUCUCCGAUUGUGACUCUGUUGGUGUUCUAUACGACACACAACAUUACACCGGUACUCCUGAAGAAGCAGCCGCUAAAUCCAUCAAAGCUGGCUUGGAUUUGGAUUGUGGACCGUUUCUAGGAGCUCAUACCAUCGAUGCUGUGAACAAAAACCUGUUGCGUGAGUCAGACAUCGACAAUGCCGUAGUCAACACGCUAACAGUACAAAUGAGGCUAGGAAUGUUCGACGGCGACACAGCGACUCAGCCUUAUGGACAUCUUGGAUCAGCACACGUGUGUACACCUGUUCACAAGGGACUAGCUCUCGAAGCAGCUCAUCAAGGAAUUGUCCUCCUCAAGAACCUCGGCCCGUCUCUACCUCUCUCUCGUCAACGCCACCGUACGGUAGCCGUUAUCGGACCAAAUGCGGACGCAACAGUCACAAUGAUUGGUAACUACGCAGGUAUUGCUUGUGGAUAUACCAGUCCGGUUCAGGGUAUAGCCGGUUAUGCACGAACGGUUCACAACAAGGGUUGUGCGGACGUACACUGCAUGGACGAUAGAUUGUUCGAUAGGGCGGCUGAGGCGGCUCGUAAAGCUGAUGCGACGGUUCUUGUGAUGGGUUUGGACCAGUCUAUUGAAGCUGAGUUCAAAGACAGAAACAGUUUGCUUUUGCCUGGGAAACAACAAGAGCUUAUCUCUAGAGUUGCUCGGGCCUCUAAAGGCCCAGUUGUUUUAGUUUUAAUGUCUGGUGGGCCUAUUGAUGUAUCUUUCGCAGAGAAGGAUCCGAAGAUCUCAGCAAUUGUUUGGGCCGGGUAUCCGGGUCAGGAAGGCGGAACUGCAAUAGCUGAUAUAUUAUUUGGCGCUGCUAACCCCGGAGGGAAGCUUCCGAUGACGUGGUACCCUCAAGACUACCUAACCAACUUACCUAUGACGGAAAUGUCGAUGAGAGCAAUCCGGUCGAAGCGUAUACCGGGCCGUACCUACCGUUUUUACGACGGUCCGGUUGUUUACCCGUUCGGUCAUGGUUUGAGUUACACUCGCUUCACGCACAGCAUAGCCGACGCGCCUAAGGUGAUUCCAAUAGCUGUACGUGGUAGAAACACCACCGUAUCAGGGAAGUCCGUACGUGUGACGCACGCUAGGUGUAACCGUCUCUCUCUAGGAGUCCACGUUGAUAUAAAGAACGUUGGGUCGAGAGAUGGGACUCAUACGAUGCUUGUGUUCUCGGCUCCGCCAAGUGGAGAAUGGGCCCCGAGAAAACAGCUGGUUGCUUUCACGAGAGUACACGUGGCGGCAGGGGAGAACAAGCGUGUGCAGGUGAAUAUACACGUGUGUAAGUAUUUAAGUGUAGUGGACCGGGCGGGUAUCCGAAGGAUACCGAUCGGUGAUCAUGGGAUUCAUAUUGGAGAUGAGAGUCAUACCGUCUCGCUUCAAGCCUCAACUCUUGGAGUCAUCAAGUCUUGAUUCUGCUUUUUCUUUUGUGUUAUUGAAUAACUCUCAAGAAAUUAAAAUGUUUCUAAAGAAACAAAUGGAUUGUUGUAUCAUAUCAAUUGAUGUGAGGAUAACCUUUUAAGGAGAAAAAAAGUGAUUCUUAAUGAUUUGUUGAAAAUAAA